GUGGAAGUCGCAGGAAGGAGUGUGAGGAUUGGGCCGGUGAUCGCGGAAGGGGGUUACUCUUUCGUUCAUGUAGCGUACGACAUGCUGGAGCGGAGAAGAACUCUUGCGCUGAAGAGGAUAGUCUGCCAUGAGAGGGACGACGUGGCGCGGGCGAUAGAGGAGAUCGAGCUCCUCAAGACGCUCCCUCUCCAUCCCAACAUCGUACGAUACCGAUCCUCGGCACAGAGAAAGAUAGCUUUGCCCGGCGGGGUGAUAGCGACGGAAGUCCUGCUGCUGACGGACUUUUAUCCUGGCGGCGGGUUGCAGGACGUGAUGAAUCGCCUGCGGGAGGAGGGGCAGGUGCUCUCGGAGCAAGCCCUUCUUCUCCUCUUCGGUCAAGUCUGCAACGCCGUUGCCCACCUGCACUCGCAGAGCCCUCCGAUCGCCCACAGGGACGUGAAGCUGGAGAACGUGCUGCUGCACGGGGAGAUGGAUGCUUCCUCUCCUGGGAGGGUCAGGCUGGUGCUAUGCGACUUCGGCUCUGCUACCACGAGGGCGCAGGUCUAUGAGACCAGGAAGGACAUUCUAGAGGAGGAGGAGCGUAUUCAGAAGUUCACGACGCUCGCGUACCGAGCGCCGGAGAUGGUGGACCUGUACCAGAGGAAGAGGAUCGACGAGCGAGUGGACGUGUGGGCCCUGGGCGUUCUCCUCUACAACAUGUGCUUCAACAAGUUCCCUUUCGAUCCUCAGUCCCCCCUCUCCAUACUCAGCGGCAGGUUCUCCUUCCCCACAGGAAAGGGCGGGGACCAGAUGUACUCUGCUGCUCUCCUCGACGUAAUCAGCCGCUGCCUCCUGGUGGACCCUGACGUGCGCCCGAGCGUCUUCGAGGUCCUGGACCAAGUUCGCAAGCUC